AUGAAAUGCGGACAAUGCAAGCUCGAAAAACUCUCUAAGGAGUUCCCUUACACGACGGUCACGGAGCGCUGUCAACAUAUUUCUUCUUUAUGUUUACGGUGUUUAAUAGCCAAACUUGACGAACAAUCCACAAAACAGCCUAAAUGUCCGGAAUGUCCUGCAAUUUUAAAUUCACAAGAGGUAAAGGCACUUAAUCUAGCAUGGGACAAAGCACCUUUUAAAAUCGAUGUGGAAAGUAUCGGAAGAAUUCAACCAAUGCCUCCCGUUGACGGCAACACUCCUACCCAAGGAGAAUUUUACAUUGUAAUGUUGAGCGGACAGAAGGUGACCAUGUUAUUGCAAGAAAACAAAACUGUCAUUGCUCUAAGGGCGAGCAUUUCCAAGAAGCUCAAUGUUAAUCCUGCGAAACAAAAGCUGAUAUAUAAUAACGUGGAAUUACAGGACACGUAUCAAGAACGUGGAGCAACUCUGGCGGAUUAUAAAAUUAGCGUCGGAAGCCACAUUCAACUAAUCGUUGUACUUUAUAAUAUCACAAGAGCUGAAUCCAUUAAGAACUUGACAUUCGAUUUAUACUGGGGUUAUCCCGCAAAUGGAUCACAAGAUUACCUUGACGGAAGUUGCUUGCUAUAUGCUGGCGACACGUUUUGGAGGAAGUAUGAUUAUGCAUCUGUCUAUUAUCCUUCUUUUCCUCAUAUGAGACACUCCGGAGAUGAUAUGGAUCAUGCUAAUAAGCGAGGGCAUCAACGUAUUAAUGCUAAACUUGACCAGCUUCCACCGGAAGUUACUCAACUUUAUUUUGUCCUUAGUUCAUGGAAAUCGCCUACUAUUGGUCAUUUCCGUACACCAACUUUCAAGUUGUACGAUGAAACACAGCCAGACAAGGAGUUAUGUACAUACACCAUCCAGCAAGCCGCCAAUUCUCAAGCGGUUAUCAUGUGUUGUGUAACGAGAGCUGGUCAAGGAAUGUGGCAGGUUAUUCAAAUUGGACGGUUGUCAGCAGGGAAUGCUAAUGAUUACGAUCCUAUCGAGAUUAGUAUUGGGGAAUGUGCCUUACAUGGCUGA